AAUGAGCCAUUUAUUGGCCUUUUUGCAGCCAGAUGAGACUGCAGCACAGCUCAUAGCUCGUACAAAUGUCGACCCAGUAAACACAGGACUCUUUUUCGCAAGUGUGCUUCGACCAGGGCAAGUCUUGGAGAUCACUGGACCAUCCGGAGCUGCGAAAUCAGAAGUCUUGAUCCAGGUAGCUGCUGCACGCAUACUACCAAGGAACUGGAAAGGAGAACAGCUUGGAGGUGAAGAGAACGUGGUGCUCUUUGACCUGGACAGAACGUUGGACACCCUUCGUUUAUACCAAGUGGUAGCAGGGAGACUGCGGGCCGCUGCGAGCAAUCAGCACGUAGGGGAAGAUGAGGUGAUAGCAACUGCAGAGAGGUGCCUCCAGCGCCUCCAUGUGGUACUCUGCAGCAGCAGUUUCUCCUUUCUGGCCUCGCUCAGAACCUGCGGUCCCCUCUUGAAGCAGCUGCAGGAGAGUGGGGGGAUGCAGCUGCUGCUGAUAGACAAUGUGGCUGCCUACUACUGGCUCGACAGAGCCUCACAGCCGUUGCCGGCCUGCGCAUUCGACCCCCUGAGGGAUGGCCAGACGAGCCUGCAGCAGGCGCAUGCAUGCAUCGCAGCCGAGCUGCAGACGCUCAUGAGACAACAUCGCUUGGCGGUCAUUGCCACAAAGCAGGCUGUGCUGUCUGCCAGCAGCAGUGCCUUUGACAGGACGGAGGCAGUUGAUAUCUGGGCACACAGAGAGUUUCUGCCCAAGGCAUGGCAGGAGAUCGUCACCAUGAGGCUGCUUCUGCGCGGGCCCACAAUCACAGAACUUGGGGGAAUUGCACCGAGGCCGCCGUUUGCCGUCAAGUGGCAGAUGCCUUACGGCGACCGGAUUGAGAACUUCCAGAUCAGCUACCCGAGGGGCCCCAUCAACCACAGUCUCAAGUCCCGCGUUAUCCUAGCUGCCGCUACGUGGGAGAUUGAGCUGAAACUGCACGCUGACUACACGGGCGAGAGCAUUGGAAAACCUGAUUUAGAAGUGACCCUUGUGGCAGCGGAUGAGGUCCAGGCGAACACGAUCGAAGUGAACACAUCUGCUUUCAAAGCCAAGUCCUGGACCUUGCCCCACAAAGUUGGUGGCCUCGAUCGCAAAGGAGUCAUUCUGACAGGGCAGGCGCCUCUGCCUGAUGGCUUUGGGAGUCCAGGUGCCUUGAUCGUCACCAAGAAACCCGAAGACAGCGAGAUCAAUCGGCUCUACAUUGAAGAGCUGCGCGCGUGGCCCCAUGGCACGGAUCCAUCUUCGGGCGUGCAGUUCCUGGCAAAUUCCUGGGUGCAUGACGCGGCGCCCAACCGCAUCUUCUUCAAUGGGUCCCCCACUCUGCCCUCCCAGACGCCGCCCGGCCUGCAAGCCCUGCGCCAGAAAGAGCUGCAGAACCUGCGGGGGGAUCCGCAUGACACUAGCGAGCGAAAGAUCCCUGACCGCAUCUAUGCCUAUGAUGUGUACAACGAUCUGGGGGGCAAGGACUCUGCCACGAACGCGGCGAAUCGGCGGCCAAUUUUGGGCAAAGCACGCGGCGGGACUCUGCCUUACCCAAGGCGGCUGCGCACCGGCCGUCAACCCGACAAGAACAACGACGAGCCCGCCCCAAAGGGCACAGCGUGGUUGCCGCUGGAUGAGUACUUCUCUGCCUCCAAGCUGGACGAAUUCAAUGGUGGCACGGUGUACGCUGUGGGCGCGGCAGCUUCCACAGUCAUCACGCAGCUGUUUGAUGCCAAGCCAGAGAUCACCAAAUUUGCCGAUUUCGCCGCAGUCGAUCGCAUCUAUGCGCGCGGCACGGACAAAUCCCCCAUCCCAAAAGAAAAGCAGGCCAUUAUUGACAAGAUCGACGACUCACCCUUCGAGUUCUCCAGAGACAAGCUGCGCGAUGCUUUCAACAAUUUCCCACAGGACCUGCGAAACAUCAUCACAUCGAGGCUGAUAGAGUCUGAGACCAAGCCGGGCCUUGUCGCGCGCGUUCUGGACCAGUUUGGCAUCGACAACGCCCUCAAGGAGAAGGUCGAAGACUUCAUGGGGGGCCUCGUGGCGACAUGGCCGCUGCCGAAGGUGCGCGAUAGGCGGCCGAGGACAUGGCAGAGUGACGAGGAGGUUGGUCGCCAGGCGGUGGCCGGGUGCAACCCCUUCACCAUCCAGAGGGCUGACAAGGAAUUCCUGAGCAUCACCAAGAUCACAGACACCGAUGUGACAGGGCUGUUGGACGGUCUGACACUGGAGGAGGCUGCGGCGGAGGGGCGCCUGUUCUGGCAGAACUACUACGAUGUGCUGGCCGACCAGGUUGCACCCAAGGUGAAGGAUUUUGCGAAGGGUGGCCACCAGUAUGCUGGGAGGGGCCUCUUCUUCAAGAACAAGGACACUGGCGCGCUGCCCAUCGUGGCAAUUGAGCUGCGCGAGCCAAACACCAAUGACUUCCGCAUCUUCACUCCCAACAAUGUGCGCCUGGAGGUCUGGCAGCUAGCCAAGGCGGUGUACUCGACCCUGGACGCGGCGUCUCAUCAGCUGGUGUCCCACUUCGGCGAGACCCACGCGGUCAUGGAACCCUUCGCCAUCGCCACUCGCCGCCAGCUCAGCGCCAUGCACCCAGUGUACCAGCUGAUCCUGCCCCACUUCCGCUACACCUUCAACAUCAACAGCAGCGCGCGGGGCAAUCUCAUCAAUGCAAAAGGAGUGGUGGAAUCGGUCUUCACUCCCGGGCCUCUGUCGAUGGAACUGUCUGCGCGCGUGUAUGGGGACAUUUGGAAGUUUGAGGAACAAAGCCUCCCAGGAGACCUGAUUGCCAGGGGCAUUGCCAAGCGCGAGGAGGGCAAGCUGGUCCUGCUGCUGGAUGACUACCCCUUUGCUGAGGACGGCCUGCUGGUGACUGAUGACGUGGAGCUGACAGCCUGGUACAAGGAGGCGCGGGAAGAGGGCCACCCCGACAAGAAGGAGGGCUGGAUCGAGCUGACUGACACUGCAAGCCUGGUGGAGAUCCUGGCCACCAUCGCCUGGAUUGGGUCAGGUCACCAUGCAGCUGUGAACUUUGACCAGUACAUGUACUACGGAUACAUGCCCAACAAGCCUUCCUUCGUCUCCCACGCAAUCCCCUUGCCAGACUCUCCUGAGGAGAAGGCCCUCCUGGACGACUUUGAAUUUGAAUUCCUGCGCACUCUGAGCGACCCAAUCCGCGCGGUCCAGACCAUGCUGCUGGUCAAGCUGCUGUCCAACCACUCCCAAGACGAGGAGUACCUGGCUGGGCCCGAAAAUGAAUGGAUCACGGACCCAAAGGCGGUGGCCCUGAGGAAGAAGUUUGAGGAUGCGAUGGCGGCUGCGGAGCAGCUGAUGAUUAAGCGCAACUCCGACCCCGAGAGCCGGGCGCGCCACAGCCCGGCCGGCGUACCGUACCGGCUGAUGUACCCUUCCGUCCAGACCGAUCCACCCACCCCGGGAAACCAGGGCAUGACCGGCUGCGGCAUUCCGUACAGCGUCUCCAUCUAA